UUUGAAAUCUCCUGUUCUAUUUUUCUCAAGUAUUCCAUUUCCACCUGAAGAAGAACUUCAUAAAGUUCAAAAACGUUUGUGGGACAAUUUUUAUAAAAUACACGCCGGUAACAGGCUCCAUUUUUGAUUGUAAGUGUAGCAAACUUCUGGUGUUAGUAAAGGGUUGAACAGUAUUGCAAAAUAAAAAGGGUAGGACUUAGUGGUUCUCCUUGAGGUAGCCCUCUAUUAGACUUAACCUAAUCAGUACAAAAUGAAAAAGUUUCUAUAUGAUAUCUGGUAUUAGAAAACAGACUCUUAAGUAAGUUGACAAACAAUGCAGAAAGACCAAUGCUCCUAAGCUUAUACCAUAACAAAUCAUGAUUGACUGUAUCAAAAGCUUUCUUGAGAUCAAUAAAAGCAGUAUAGAGUUUCCCUCAUUUCCUUGAAAGUGAUAUUUGAAAAGACUAGUCAAAAUAAACAAAUUAUAUUCAAUGCCUCUAUUUUUAACAAAUGCUCCUUGGAGAGGUGUAACAAUAUUAAACUCAUUCAUCCAAUUCUGGAGACGAUUUGCCAUAAUAGUUGAAAAAACCUUUCUAAAUACACUAAUUAAAGCAAUUGGUCUAUAAUUAGUUGAUGUCUGCCUACUUCCCCUCUUAUAAAUCAUUCUCAAGACAAUUUGUUUUUAAGAUAAAAGAAAAGAACAACUAGACCAAAAAGAGUUAAACAUAUCCAAUAUAUCUAUGUGAGAUAAGCAGUGGGUCACUGUUUGGUCCCAAUUGACCACGUACUCUGCACAGGCUGGUAAAACCCGAUCUCGGGGUCGUUGGAUGGCUAGGAGGGCAAAUCAAGUGGGGAGUGCCUCGGUAAGUUGGCAGGCGUCCUUAAUUGACAGGAGACAGGUUAACAAAAUAACAAAGCAUUUAUUGAAUAACUAAAUCUAACUUUACAAGAGAUGAACUUACUACUAAGGUUAAAUGCGGUUAUAUUAAAAUACUUACAGAAAUUGGCGACGAAUUUCGUAGCUAUGUCGCUGACCUAAUUUCUAGUUUGAGAGAGAGCGCUUUUACAAAUUUUAGCCCCUAAAUACCUCUCGGUGGAAGAGAGAGUUGGCGAAUGUUGUCUGUAUGGAAGGGUGUAGUGUCUUCUGUGUCUUCUUGCCAAUGUCCUCUCUCUGUAGCUGGAUCAAGUCUGCUGUAUGGAGGUUCGGGAGUCGAGGUGGGCACUAUCACAAAGUAUAACUUCCUAUGACGAAUCACCCUGAGCUUCCGGAGAUUCGAGCUUUUAUAUCAUUAGCAUGGGAAAACUGUCACAUGAUUGACUUUUGUUGAUGAUGACGGUGCAUUCUUCACACCUAACUGUAAACUUCCUCAGCUAGUCGUUAUACAAUCGGUGAAAUCCGAUCUAGUUCAAAUUCUUCGGGUUUUUUCCAAAGACAAUUAACAGAAAAUUUGGAUUUUUAAAAAGCCCAUAAAAAUCCGCGAGUCACAUCUAGUAAUAUUUCUGUAGAAAGGUAUUUUAUCAUUUUGUUCCUUGUAUUAUCAAGACCUGGGGCCUUAGAUGAUUUUAAUUUUCUGAUUUGCAGUUUCCAAUUCACUCAAAUAGAUAAGAUCAUCCAAAAGAGAAACAUUAUUACUAAACUUAAAUCAUUAUAUCAAUAUAAAUUACUGUAUUUGGUCUGGCAAAAUAGUCUUGCAAAUAAUUCAACCAAUCCAAGGGGGAUAAAGCAUUUUCACAGUUUUUUAAUUUGAAAUUUAUUAACUAGUGACCAAAAAUCACUAGUAUUUUUUGUCUUUAAUAAUAAUGAGUUUAUUUAAGCCAAAAAUAACUUUUUCUUUGUCUUACAUAAUGACUUGUAACUUUUAUUUAAUUUACAGUAUUCAUCCAAUAGAUUUCUAGUUUUGUUUUUACGAAACAUUCAUAGUACUUGGUUCUUUGUUUUCUUUAAACAUAGGCACUGAGGAUCAAACCAUUGUUUUUCAAAUGGUGAUAAAGAAAUAUUUUUCUUGAUCAUUCCAUAUUGUAAAGCUGAAGUCAACAAAGUCUUCAAUAGUUUAUCAUAGUAAAUUCUGCACAUCCAACAGAAAGGUCUCUUUAACUGUAAUAUAUAGCAAGCUGAUCAAAGAUAAAUAGUCAUCUGAUCUUUCUUGUUUUUAUAUGUAGUGAAUUUUUGGAAGUUUCAGAGUCAGUACACUAUUCGACAUAAAUUCAAAUGAUAUUGAAAUUGGAAAAUUAUUAGAAUUGAAAAUAUCAAGAACUUUAAAAUCCAGUAAUCUGUCUAAUAAAUUUACAUUUACUGUUAUUAGAUCUAUAACAGAUAGACUGACUGUUGAAAGAAAAUUAAAUUUAGCCGGGUAGUCUGAGGCAUAUUGUUAUGUAUGUAAACCGCCAUGGGAUGACCGCUACCGGGAAUUGCCCCUUGACCUACUUAGGUCACCCCACACCUCCGAUUUCGUGUGUGUUCUUUAUCUCAACGAGCUGACUUUAGUUUUUUGUAACCCCUAGAUCUGGACACGAUGAUACGUUGUUCACUCAUAGUUACGUUUAUGUUAAUAAAGCUAGUUAUAUAUGUUUAUGAGUUAUCGUUAUUUCCACGAACAUAACAAUUGGCGACGAGAAUAAAAUUGACGAUGAAGGUAAAAUUGGCAACGAAUUGGUGAUAAGAAUACAAUUGGCAACAAGGACAAAAAGGAUAAAAUGAGUGAACUCACAGAAUUAAUUUCAAUGCUAAAUGUGUUCGUCAAGAAAUUACAGAGUCAAUCGGUGGAGACGCAACCAGAACUAUCAGUUCAACAAGUCCUCCAAACGCAAGCCCUAACCUUCGAAACUUACGACGAAACGUCCGAGACCUUUGAAAACUAUUCCCAACAACUGGAUAACUUUUUCAAAAUCAAAGGACUGACCGGAACAGAUGCCAUUACCGAAGAAGCUAAAGUAAUGAUAUUAAUCAAUUGUCUUGGACCGAAACAUUAUCAGUUAUUGACCAACCUAACGGCACCAGAAAUACCCUCGAAGCGAACAUUUGCCGAAUUAAUGAAGUUACUACAAAAUCACCUAACACCCAAACGAAAUAUCCUAACAGAACAGCACAAAUUCUUGUCCAGAGAACAACAUAAUGGUGAGUCCAUCUCAAAUUACGUGACUUCGUUAAAACAACUCUCGAAAAGCGCAGAUUUCAAGUCUAGUUGUAACAAUGCAGACUGUAUAAAAUCCGUCAUAGAUCUAAUGUUAAGAGUACAAUUCAUACGUGGCUUACAAGAUUCCGACAUCCGUGAGAAAAUUUUACAACAAACCGACCUAACCUUCGAACAGACGCUAGAAAUUGCAUUAGCCAUAGAAGCUUCUAAAAUAGAAAACGACGAAGUAUAUAAAAGUAACCACUUUGUUCAUAAGAUUAUCAAAAAUACUCAAACAAAACAAUGCUCACAUCUUCAAACACAACCGUCAAAUCGUAACAGGAGCCGAAUAGAAAGUCGCAGCGGAGAGCCACUUAACCUCCACGAACUCCAUUUAGAAGGACUAUGCCUACAUUGCGGAAAAAACAACCAUAAAUCAACAAACUGUAGAAUCAAAGACCGGCUGAAAUGUGAACGAUGUCAUAAAAAAGGUCACACGGGGAAAGUUUGCAUAUCAUCCCUAAGGAAACAAACGUCAACAAUCAACAGGAAUCAUAACGUCCACAAUAUUAAUCACGAACACGUAAUUGACUUUGAUAUAAACAGCGUUCUAGAUGUAUUUGUUAAUACAACGGGAACUGAUGACAGACUCCUCACAGAAAUCUACGUUAACGGCACAAAAGUUUGUUUUGAAUGUGACACUGGCAGUUGCGUCACUAUCAUCAGUAUCGACGAAUUCAAUCGUUUACAAUUAAACGCACCCAUAGCGAAAACGGAAGUGACCUUUCAAAAUUACACAGGUGAUAUUUUCAAACCCUUAGGAGUAGCAAAAGUAAAAACUAAACAUGGUGGCAACUACAGUAUAGAGGACUUGUAUGUCGUUCCCUUUCAAAAAAAUGCAAUAGUAGGAAGAGAUUGGAUCUGGAGUUUAAAGAUUGACAUCAAUGAACUCAGCCAUACAACUAAGGCCAACAACAUUUCGUCAACAAAAGUAGAAACAGGGAAAGAAGCCCUAACAAAAGACCACGAUUAUACUUAUCAUGACACUGUUGUAAAACAUAUCUCAACCGGAACUAUCACGGCCAAAGACAUUCAAAGAGAAUCAUCAAUUGACAAGGAACUAUCACAGAUCAAAACGACAUUGUCAAUGGCCAAAUGUACGACCCAGAAAUAUCCACACACAACGGCAUUCUGUUUAGAGGACACUGCGUAAUCGUCCCAAGAAGUUUACAGCCAGCAGUACUACAAGAGCUACACUCUACACACAUAGGAAUUGUUCGAAUGAAGGCCCUAGUCCGAAACUACUGUUACUGGCGUAAUAUUGACUCUGAUAUCGAGAAUAUGGUUAAAAGUUGCAAAGAAUGCUGUGACAUUAAGAAAAACCCAACAAAAGCUCCAAUACACAAAUGGGAAACACCUACAAGAAACUGGCAACGCAUACACAUCGAUUACGCAGGACCAUUUAUAAAUCAUUAUUUCUUCAUUGUCGUUGAUGCCAAAUCGAAGUGGCCGGAAAUAUUCUAUACCAGCGGUCGGGGAACCGGGGUAAAUUACCCCAAAUGGGGUAAAAAUGAAACUUUUGUGAGUAAAAAGUGUAUAUUUUUAAUUUGCUAUUUUAUAAACCUGUUAGUAUUGUUUUCAACUUAAACAAUUUAGCGACAUAUGCAGGCCACACCAUCUCACUCCCCACCACAAGAGUGUGCUCGAGUUAUAUCUUUGCGCAGUAAAGCACAGCCCUGGCUACCUGCUCAGUCCGUGCCAUGCCGUCAAGAUACAAAUACAUAGACGAGUC